AUGGCGGCCUUUGCCCGCCUGCUGGAGCGUCUCGGGUGGUCCCCUCGAGCUCAAGAGGCAGCGAAGCAGGAGGCAGAGGCGGAGCGCAGGGUCCCCGGCCAGCCUGGGGAUCUCUUGGCUGCACCCCGAUGCUCGCAGAACCUACACGGGGGUGCGGCAGCCGCACCUGGCUUGCGCUUCGGGGCGAGCGCGGUGCAGGGCUGGCGCACGCGCAUGGAGGACGCGCACUGCGCUCGGCUGGCUUUGCCGGGCCUGCCGUCGGGCUGGGCUUUUUUCGCAGUCCUUGAUGGCCAUGGUGGAGCGCGGGCCGCGCGCUUCGGGGCGCGCCACCUCCCAGGUCACGUGCUGGGGGAGCUGGGUCCCGCGCCCCGGGAGCCGGAGGACGUGCGCCAGGCUCUGCGUAGCGCCUUCCUCCGCGCAGACGCGCAUCUGCGCGCGCUCUGGCCCCGCAGCGACCCCGGCGGCUCGACGGCGGUGGCGCUGCUCGUGUCCCCGCGCUUCCUCUACCUGGCGCACUGCGGGGACUCGCGCGCGCUGCUAAGCCGCUCGGGCUCCAUGGCUUUCUGCACCGAGGACCACCGUCCCCACCGGCCUCGGGAACGCGAGCGCAUCCACGACGCUGGUGGCACCGUCCGUCGCCGGCGUGUUGAGGGCUCCCUGGCCGUGUCCCGAGCCCUAGGCGACUUCGCCUACAAGCAGGCACCGGGGCGACCUCCUGAGCUGCAGCUCGUGUCCGCUGAGCCCGAGGUAGCUGCGCUGGCACGCCAGGCCGAGGACGAGUUCGUGCUCCUGGCUUCCGAUGGCGUGUGGGACACUCUCUCUGGUGCGGACUUGGCGGGGCUGGUGACGUCGCGCCUCCGUCUGGGCUUGGCCCCGGAGCAACUCUGUGCGCAGCUGUUGGACACGUGUCUGUGCAAGGGAAGUCUGGAUAACAUGACUUGCAUGGUGGUCUGCUUCCCAGGGGCCCCCAGGCCUUGUGAGGAGGCCAUCAGGAGGGAGAUGGCUUUGGACGCAGCGCUGAGCCACAAAGUUGCUGAGCUGUGUUCUUCUGCUCAGGAACCCCCAUGCCUAAACACGGUUUUCAGGACCCUGGCUUCAGAGGACAUACCAGGCCUGCCGGCCGGAGCAGGGUUGUAUAGCAAGGCCACUGUCAUUGCUGAAGCUUACGCUAAGCUCCGUCAGACCCCAGAGGAAUGUCAAGAGUCGAUCCCCACCUUCACCCCCGCCCCCACCGCAGCCGCUGCGACCCGGCUGCGGUGA